AUGAAGCAAAAGAUGUGCGUCACCAUGUUGAUGCUGGCCGUUUGUUGGACAACUUCGCUGGCCUACAAACUCUCCGGAUCCAAUGCCCCGAUCAAGUUUUCCGACUCCCACAACGAGACCUCGAACAAGAUCAUUGAGGAAGUGGUUUCCGAGAACUUGCAGGCGGACAUGAAGGACGUCAACGGGAUUCCGAAUCCCAUAGGUCAGAACGAGAGCGAGAAUAACGAGACCAACGAAGGUUUCGGCGACCUGGCGAAGAAUUUGGAGUUCCUGUUGUUGAAGGUCGCGCAGCUUGAGACGGUUGCUGAGAUGCAUGAAGCCCGCAUCGAGACGCAGCAGCUGCAGAUCGAUGAGCAUCGCAAGGUGAUCGAAGCACAACAGAAGGAGAUCGAGGCUUUGAAGGGCGAAGGCCGUGAGGGAGGCCCCGCAGGAGGUCUCUUCUUGGAGAUUGAGCACAAGGAUGCCCAAACACGAUUGAGUGAGGCCCAGAACAUCCUGACGAGUGUGAUCAAAAAGCACACCCGCCAGCGCCAGACACGCAAGUUCCAUGAAGAACCAGAGUCGGAGGUUGAAGAGCCGGAGGUCGAGCUGGCAGGUGAAGGUGCGACAUCGCAGCAGUCCUCUUCCACGAACGAGUCUGUAAGCUGGCCGUGGGAGCACCGAAGACGAAGGGUGAAUCCGGUUGAUAUCGCGAAGAGUGUGGCCGACACGAUGUCGGACGGCUAUAACGCUGCGGCGGACAAGGCGAAAUGGGUGGCGGAAAACACGAUCAACACCGUUGAGAUCGCCAUCAAGGUUCUGAGCAAUGGCUUUUCUGAUUUUGGCGCAAGCUGCCCCACCAGAAUAGCUGCUGGCUUCGUAAGCGUCGACAUGCACAAUGGUUUCAGGAUCCGGUUCGGGAACUUCAACUGCAAGAUCAGCUUGAUCGGACACCACAACCACGUUGAAGUGACGAAGUGUCUUGCCCGGUCGCUUGCCAAGCUUGCUCCUCCAAUGGACUUCCUGCCUGCCGAGAUGAAGAUGAUUAGUCAGAUUGGAACGGAGGUCAUCCAGGAUUGCCCAGGACCUCACUACAGCCAGGGUGAAGCGCAGAAGUGCCUCGCCCGGUCGCUUGCGAAGAAUGCCCCCCCAAUGGACUUCCUGCCCCCACAGAUGCAGAUUCUUGCUCAGAUUGGACUGGCGGUCAUGCAGGAAUGCGCAGGAUCUACCAGCAAGGUUGAAGUGCAAAUUUGCCUCGCUCGCUCGCUUGUCAAGCAUGCUCCGCUGGACUUCUUGCCUGAACCGAUGAAGGCCCUUGCAGGUGGCGAUCUCCCCUUGUCAUUCCUUGCAGGCGGCAAGCUCAGCCCGCUCAUCGAGUGUGCACAGCCCAACUCUCACGGCGACCUGACCAAGUGCCUUGGCUCCAAGAUCAUUGCGAGCGUGCCUCCGCUGAACUUCCUGAACCGCCUCGGCGACAUUUUCACGGAGUUCAUCGAGGUCUUUGCCAAGGAAGGCCAGUCGCUGCUGCAGAUCGCGGCUGCCUCGGAGUUUCCGGCCGCCGGCGCCCCGCCGCAGGUCCACCACAGAGGCGCAAAUCUCAUCAUCAGCGCGCAUUCGCAGCACGCGCCAUCCGCAGGGCCAAGCAGCUUCUUGCAGAAGGGCGACGACGACAAGCCGCCGGCAGCCGUGAGUUUCAGCUUCAACGACUAUGGGCCGGAAGCCCACACGCUCGUCACCCAGAGUGUUGGGGGUUGGCAGGCGAAGAGCGAGGACGAUUUUGUGGAGCUCAAGCCCUGGGCGGUUCCCUGUGGGAAUCAGUGGAUGAAGACGAAGUGGGACAAGUGGCAAGGCUACUCCAUGUACACCUCGGACUUGAGUAUCGAGAAGUGCCUGACCGUAAAGUUUCAAGUGAACAUGCAGCCGGUGGUCGCCUUCGUGGGUGGCAUCCAGUUCGUCUGCUGGCCGCGGGGUCAGCCUGACGGGCUUGACCUCAGCGUCUUGCGCACGGUGAUCAAGUCCAACGGGGUCAUGCUCUUCAGCCGCACGCUGCGUCUAUCCAAGCGCUUCGGCGACAGCACGGACUUUGUGGAAGGCAACAUCAACAAAGCCCACCAGACCAUGCGAAGCUACUUCGGUGUCAACGCCGCACCGGGUGAGAGCGCAUCGGGCAUCGCCUCCAUGCAGCGUUCGAGCCUCCUCCAGGCUAACCAGAGCGCGAAAGCCAAGGAGGAGCUGGAGGAAGCUGUGUGGCAGACGCAGGAUGACCUCUACUUCGCAUCCAUCGAGUACGGGAAGGAUCUGGGCGUGAACAUCACUUCCGAGCUCGGGGGCCACGCGGCCCAGGAACAGCUCGAGGCGCUUCUUGCCCAGAAGGAGAAGAAGGAGGAAGCCGAAGACAAUGAGGAAGCCGAAGAGAAGGCGGAAGUCGAAGAGACCUUCAAGCUUUUCAGCUUCAAGAACCCCGGGGUGAUCAACUUCGAGGUCCAGGGCCUCCUGCAUGGGAACUGGCUCCAACUCGGGAUCCAGAUGGCUUUCGGGCCCUACAAGAGCCCGCACAUGAAAAUCCCUCUGCUGAACUUGGCGGACCAGUUCGCUCUUAUCCUGGCCGCACUGCCCUCCGGUCUCGUGUCUGUGGAGAGCCGGGCCAAGGCGAUCGCAUCGCUGAAGGACAGCAAGAGUGGGAAGGGGAUGGAUUUUGAGGACUUCUCCAGCAAGGAUGUGAAGAAGGUCAAGGCGAAGGUCGGGAAGCUGAUCCCCGGCACCACCAUCGGCUUGCGCAAUCCGCACUGGGGUCGCUACAUGAGGCAGCUUGGGAUCCAGAACAUGACCUCAGCCCUAAGCCGCCUAAAUAUUAAAUCCGUUGACCCUAAACCCUUAACCCCGAAGCCUGAAGCCCUUUCCCUUUCAAAACAAACGAAAACCGAGGGGGGCGGAGGUUUGCCAGCUUUUUCAGAAGACACCAACUACCCCUUAACCGCUCUGGAAGAAUGA